CUGUUCAGAAGGUUCCUAGCCUGGGCUCACUCCAAAUUCGCUUCAUUUUGCUGUGUCAUGGCUGCCUGGUCCCUGCCAAGAGACUGGGAAGUGGGUCACGGCUGCAGGGACCACAGGCUCCGGCUGCUGUAGGGGCCUCCGGCUUCCAGACCGGGCAGGGGCCAGACCCCUCUGGGACACCACUGUGCAGGCCGGGCUCUGACUCCUCACUCCUGAGAAGGCUUCACAAACCUGCAGUCUAGAAUUCUCUGUCACUGUGGCUGCUGUAUGAGGUGGUAUAUUUGGAGAAACGGACAUUGGCCAUGAACAGGGAAAUUGAUGGUCUGGAGGGAAAAUAUUCUUCAUUCUCUUGCAGAUGUGUGAGCCUUGAACCAGGAUGGCUGAGCCGCGCCAGGAGUCCGACACGAUGGAAGAUCACCCCGGGGCGUACGGGGUGGGGGAGAGGAAAGAUCUCCCCUCUCAGGGGGCCUACACCCCGCUGCAAGACCACGAGGGGGACAGGGACCACGGCCUGAAAGAAUCUCCCCUGCAGACCCCUGCCGACGAUGGAUCUGAGGAACUGGGCUCUGAAACCUCUGAUGCUAAGAGCACUCCGACGGCCGAAGCUGAAGAAGCAGGUAUUGGAGACACCCCUAGCCUGGAGGACCAAGCAGCCGGCCACGUGACGCAAGAGGAGUCGAGAGUCCCGGCCCAGCAGAGGGAGGUGACUGAGGGGCUGGGACCCCUGGCCCAGGAGCUUAGCUCUCAGGCCCACCCUGGACACAGAAGAGAAGCUUCUGGGGUUUCAGUGCUGCCUCUUGGAGAGAAACAGCCAGGAGCCCCCGCCCCAGGGGUCUCUCUCCUUCCUCAGCAUCAUCCUAUCUGCCCAAUGGCUCCUCUAAGGGGAGACCCUCAGGAGCCAUGCCAGGAGUGGGGACCUAAAGAUGGGGAGUGGGCCAAGGAGGGUGUGGCCUUUCUGAAGCCCACCUCUCCUGGAUAUAUCCAAAUGGAGCCUGAGAGUGUCAAGGUUGCCCAGGAAAGCUUCCUCAGGGAGCCAGGGCACCAUGGAGGUGAGGCCAAGGACCCAAGGGCCCCGGGUCUGACCCACCAGCAUGGGUCGGACAUGUCUGGGGCUUCCAACCUGCCUGCAGGCCCCAGAGAAGCCACACACCAGCCUUCAGGGACAGAACCCAAGGACGCAGAGCGAAGCUGCCGCUGCCCUGAACUGCUACGGAUCCAGCACCUGCAGCAGGAGGGGCCAGCUCUGAAGGGUGACCAGGGCAAAGAGAGGCCGGGGGGCCACGCGGAAAUUGAUGAAGACCGCGACAUCGACGAGUCCUCACUCCAAGACUCCCCUCCCUUCCAGAGCUCCCCGAGUCUGCCGCACUCCCACACCCGGGGCGGGCCACCACCCCCUGCAGCCUCCAGAGGAGCCACUGGCAUGCCCAGUUUCCCAGCUGAGGGAGCCGUCCCCCUCCCUGUCGAUUUCCUCUCCAAAGUUCCCGUGGAGACCUGGGUCUCGGAGCCUGAUGUGCCCAGUGCAGGGUCCACGGCAGAAGGGCCGGAUUCUCUGCCUGAGUUCACCUUCCAAGUGGAAAUCAGAACCAAUGUGCAGAAGGAACAGGACAGAUCUGGGUUGGAUUUGGAAGGGGCCAUGCUUCCGGGGGCCCCUGGAGAGGAGCACGAGGCCCAGAGCCCCUCUGGGAGAGAGGAUGCAGGAGACGCCGACCUUCUGGAGCCGUCUGCAAAGCAGCCUGCGGUGGGUCUGCCAGGGAAGCCCGUCAGCCGAGUCCCGCAGCUCAAAGCUCGCAUGGUCAGUAAAGGCAGAGAUGGGAGUGGAAGCGAUGACAAAAAAACAAAGACAUCCACACCUUCCUCCGCUAAAACCCUGAAACAUAGGCCUUGCCUUAGCCCCCACCGCCCCUCUCCUGGUAGCUCAGACCCUUUGAUCAAACCCUCCAGCCCUGCCGUGUGCUCAGAGCCAUCCUCCUCUCCUAAAUACGUCUCUUCUGUCACACCCCGAACUGGCAGUUCUGAAGCAAAGGAGAUGAAACUCAAGGGGGCAGAUAAAACUGGAACGAAGAUUGCUACGCCCCGGGGAGCGGCCCCUCCAGGCCAGAAAAGCCCAGCCAACGCCACCAGGAUUCCAGCGAAAACCACGCCCAGCCCCAAGACGCCGCCCAGCACUGGUGAAUCUGCAAAAUCUGGGGACCGCAGUGGCUACAGCAGCCCGGGCUCCCCGGGCACUCCUGGCAGCCGCUCCCGUACGCCAUCCCUGCCCACCCCGCCCACCCGGGAGCCCAAGAAAGUGGCAGUGGUCCGCACUCCCCCCAAGUCACCGUCUUCAGCCAAGAGCCGCCUGCAGACUGCCCCCGUGCCCAUGCCAGACCUAAAGAACGUCAGGUCCAAGAUCGGCUCCACCGAAAACCUGAAACAUCAGCCAGGAGGUGGGAAGGUGCAGAUAAUUAAUAAGAAGCUGGAUCUUAGCAACGUCCAGUCCAAGUGUGGCUCAAAGGAUAAUAUCAAACACGUCCCGGGAGGCGGCAGUGUGCAAAUAGUCUACAAGCCAGUGGACCUGAGCAAGGUGACCUCCAAAUGUGGCUCAUUAGGCAACAUCCAUCAUAAACCAGGAGGGGGUCAGGUGGAAGUGAAAUCUGAGAAGCUGGACUUCAAGGAUAGAGUCCAGUCAAAGAUUGGUUCCCUGGACAACAUCACCCACGUCCCCGGAGGAGGGAAUAAAAAGAUCGAAACCCACAAGCUGACCUUUCGCGAGAAUGCCAAAGCCAAGACGGACCAUGGGGCGGAAAUCGUGUACAAGUCGCCUGUGGUGUCCGGGGACACGUCUCCACGGCACCUCAGCAACGUGUCCUCCACGGGCAGCAUCGACAUGGUAGACUCGCCCCAGCUCGCCACGCUGGCCGACGAAGUGUCCGCCUCCCUGGCCAAGCAGGGUUUGUGAUCAGGCCCCCGGGGCGGUCAGUAAUCGUGGAGAGAAGAGAGAGUGAGAGUGUGGGAAAAAAGAAUAAUGACCCGGCCCUUCGCCCUCUGCCCUCCCCCAGCUGCUCCUCACAGAUCGGUUACCGGGUUACCCGGUUCAUCACUUCACCUGCUUUUGUUGCUCGGCUUUGGCUCGGGACUUCAAAAUCAGUGGUGGGAAUCAGAGCAAAUUUCAUCUUUCCAAAUUGAUGGGUGGGCUAAUAAUAAUAAAAUAUUAAAAAAAAACACCCCACUUUUAAAAAGAUGGCCACACCCAACACUUCCUUGGGCAAUUACUUCUUGUUUCUUUUAUUUCCCUCUCCUCUGAGUAGAAGAGGGAGGAGAGGCUCUGAGAGCGGCUUCUGGGGAAUUUCGAAGGACGGGGGCCCCUGCCUCCACUGGCCCCAUCCUGGGGGCUGCACAGAGGCAGUGGCAGCAACAAAGCAUUUGCAACUUGGUGCAAUGGUGGAGCCAGGGGCAGACUGUGUCAACCUUGUAUGUGCAUGCUGGGGGUGGGAGA